AAAAGGGCAGAAAACACAUUAAUCUCGGUCAACAUUGUAAUUUGCAGUUAAAUACAGAUGGUCUUAUGGCCAAUAUUCCAUUUCUGCGUUGAAACUAAUUAAUAACUUUUUAAUAUACAACUGCUAAGAGCCUGACAUUUGGAAAUGGUUCUGGAAAAGCGCAUUUUGCCUUUUUAUCUCGCCGAGGAGUUCUAAACGGCCAUUCACCGACCCGAAUAAAACGUUAACUCCUUGCCCCAAACGAAGCUACGUGGGAAACGGAUGUGUAAUUUUCUGGCCUUCUCCACCGAGAUGCUGCCAAUAACUAACAUUAAAAAACAAAACAAAACACUCGACGCUUGUCCUUCCGAAUCUUAAACUGCUCGGUUUCCGGUUAUGUUAUUCUUACGUGCGACGGAACGAUUUUGCGCGUCGACAUCAGCCAGGGGAGCUUAAAACGGUGUGGCUCUUGGAGGAGGAGUUGUUGCUAGACCGUCCCUCCGCCGGCUCUAGAUACCGCCGUCGAACAUGGCGGUUGCACACGGGGCGAACGGGAAGCGGUUACUCCUGCGGUAUCUGCGGAAAACCUCGCCUUCGUUUUUUGCCCUGGGACCCUGCCGGCAUCGCCAUUACAAGAAGAAAUGGGCAGCCACUGCUCCUCAGGCAACUAGUACCAGGGUGGCUCUCCAGGUCUUUGACAUGAAUUAUGGAGAUCAGUUUGGCAGCCUCUGGCCCUCAAUUCGCAUUAGUCUUCUGUCAAUGCAAAAAUAUGGGGCCCUAGUCAACAAUUUCUCUGAUGUAGAACAAGUCAUUCAGAGUCUGGAAGACCUGAGUGCUGUAGAUUUCAUCCAAGAAUCUCAGAAAGUCACCGAAGAAUUAGAUUCCUCCGUUGACGAAGACAGUGUGCCAACUUCAUCUCUCCAAAUUCAGAUAGAACUUUCAAAGACUCAACUACAGCAUUUUCCUUCUGUCAAUCCUAACAUCAAAUGUUACACAUUCCCCAAAGGAGACAUCAGUCGUUUUCGUCAAGCUAGACCAGACAUCCUAGGAAUUCUUGGUUACUAUAUCCUGGAUGCUGCCUCAAUUUUACCUGUUUUGGCUCUCAAUGUACAGCCUGGAAACAUAGUCCUUGAUCUUUGUGCAGCCCCAGGUGGAAAGACACUGGCACUUUUACAGACUGGGUAUUGUCGUGAGCUGACAGCUAAUGAUCUUUCUAUGUCUCGCACGGUCCGGCUACGUAAUGUCCUUCGCAGCUAUUUUCCCAAAGAGAUCCAAAAUAUAGUGCGGGUUACUUCAGGUGACGGAAGAAACUGGUGUCAUACAGAAACAGGUACUUAUGAUAAGGUACUUGUUGACGUGCCAUGCACAAAUGAUCGAAAAUCGGUCUUGGAAGAUGAGAACAAUAUCUUCACAUAUGCAAGAAAAGGAGAACGUCAGAUGUUGCCAAUGCUUCAGCUGCAAUUGCUCAUAGCUGGAGUGCUUGCUGCUAAACCAGGAGGAGAGGUGGUGUAUUCCACAUGCUCUCUGUCUGAGCUCCAAAAUGAGUAUGUGGUUGAGAGAGCGGUGGAGUUAUUAAAUAUCCAGUACAGCAUCAGUGUGAAAGUAGAGGACUUGAGCCAUUUUCGGAGAUUGUUCCAGAACACAUUUUCUUUCUAUUCAAAUUGUAGACUUGGAGAACUUAUCCUGCCUCACCUCACAGCUAACUUUGGACCCAUGUAUUUUUGCAAAUUGCACAGAAUAAAUUAGAUUGAAGAAAGGGAUUUCCCAAAAGACAUAAUGGAAUUUACAAAAAGCCACAAAUAAUAGUUUUUUGGCAGCUUUAGCACAUUACUGGCUCAUACUUAAGUGAUGGCACACUAGGACUCCUAGAUCCAUCUUGCUGUUACUGCUGUUGAAGAUAUACUGCUGAAGAUAUUCUAUAUCUGUGAAUUUAGUAUUUCUUGCCUAACUGUGAAACCUUACCUUUCUCACUAUUGAACUGCAUUUUGUUGGAUGUCUGCGGAAUCAGGUUUUCAUAAACAGAAGUAUGAUACAUUUAACAUUUAAAACAUUAAAGAUAAAUGUCAAACACAAUAUGAAGAACAAAUAUUGGGAAAGUGAUUGAUUAUCUGCAUCAAGAUGAUGUCAACA